UUCCAUUCACUGUAAAAAUGAUGGAUGAUCAUCAACAUCAUACUAACCUCAAUAGAGCCAGUAACAUUCAAUUACCAAUGUUUUAUCCAUAAAGAAUAGUAAUCAAUGAAAAUAAUUACAAGUGUCAUAAGAUUAGAAUGCAAAAAGUAAAACACUUUUUUUAGUUUCCUGUAUUUUAAGCUCUGAUAAAAAUUGAAGAACAUUCAGUUAUCCCCUCUUCUAUUCACGUGUAGCACAAGUCUAGUAUAGUAAAUGAAUGGAUAAACUUCAUAGGAUAUAUUGUGGAUACAUUACACGUGUGUGCACACAUCUGUACUAGCCAACGUGACGUGUCUUUAUGAUUUAACGUGUGGUUUUACUUGGUUCGGAGCAUAGAUAAAUAUUAAAAAGUGACUGGUAGCUUCAGUUCCUCACAAACGAUCAGUUCUAAGGGUUGUUGCUCCAAACAACUAGUGACAAUAUCUUGCUCAAAUUUUAUACUUAUAACUUAAUAUUACUAUCGAAAUACUUAAUAUUAAUCACGAGUAUUCAAAAUUUAACAUCGCUCCAUAAUAAAACGGAUAAAAAAUGUGGCCGGCAAACGUUGGGAUCAAGGCUAUCGAACUAUAUUUUCCAGCUCAAUACGUGGACCAAGUAGACCUCGAAAAAUUCGAUGGAGUAUCAGCUGGAAAAUAUACCAUUGGUUUAGGCCAAUCAAAAAUGGGUUUUUGUAAUGAUAGAGAAGACAUCAACUCGUUAUGUUUAACAGUUACUCAGCGUUUGUUAGAACGCUACUCUAUAAAGCCAGAAGACAUUGGAAGAUUGGAAGUAGGAACUGAGACAAUCAUUGAUAAAAGUAAAUCGGUUAAAACCGUGUUAAUGCAGCUAUUUGAACCAUCAGGUGCUACUGACAUCGAAGGAAUUGAUACAACAAAUGCCUGUUAUGGAGGUACAGCAGCUCUUUUUAAUGCAAUUUCUUGGGUUGAGAGCAGUGCUUGGGAUGGUAGAUUAGCUAUAGUGGUAGCAGCUGAUAAUGCUGUGUAUGCAAAAGGUAGUGCAAGGCCUACAGGAGGUGCUGGAGCUAUAGCAAUGCUCAUAGGACCUGAUGCUCCAAUAGUAUUCGAUAGAGGCAUCAGAGCAUCUUAUAUGAAAAAUUCAUAUGAUUUUUAUAAGCCAGAUUUAAAAUCAGAGUAUCCUACAGUUGAUGGAAAAUUAUCAAUUCAAUGCUACCUCAGUGCUCUAGAUAAUUGCUAUAAAAAAUAUUGUGAAAAAGUUGAAAAGAAACAAAUGGGUGAUACUGUUUCAUUAGCAACAUUUGAUGCAUUCAUUUUUCAUUCACCUUACUGUAAGUUAGUACAAAAAUCAUUUGCAAGAAUUGCUUAUAAUGACUUCCGCAAUUUAAGCAGGGACAAAGUAUUACAAGUGUAUCCGCAAUUUGAAAAAUAUCAUUCGGUCAAGAUAGAAGAUACAUAUUUUGAUAGAGAUAUUGAAAAAACAUUUGUUCAAUUGAGCUCUGAUGCCUUCCAACAAAAAACACAGCCUAGUUUAUAUAUUUCUAAUCUAGUAGGAAAUAUGUAUACACCAUCGGUUUAUUCUGGAUUAGUAUCAUUAUUAAUCAACAAACCAAUCAAUGAAUUAUUAGGAAAAAAAAUUGCAGUAUUUUCUUAUGGAUCAGGUUUAGCUUCAAGUAUGUAUUCUAUAACGGUGUUGAAAACUGUAAAAGCUGAAGACCAAUUGAAAACUUUAAUUUCUAAUUUAUCAUAUGUUAAACGUCAUUUAACUGAGAGGAAAUGUAUUAGUCCUGAGGAUUAUACAGCAAUAUUAGAGUCACGUGAGAAAAAUUGUCACGUUGUUCCUUAUGAACCAACAAGUCCUGUUGACGGGAUGUUUCCGGGUACGUUUUAUCUUGUGAAAAUUGAUAAUAUGUAUAGAAGAACGUAUUCACGAGUACCUUUAUCAUAAUAAUUCAUGUAGAAUUCCAAUAAUUUUUCUUAUUUAUCUUUUUUUCGAUAAUUGCAAAUUUAACGCAGUUGAUUUAAACGGGGUUAUGAGGGCAAGGUAUUUAAAUUUCAAAUGACUAUAAAAAUUUAUGCUAAUCUAAUUUUACUUCAUACGCAAUUUUUAGCAUUUUUUAAAGAUAUCAUAGACUGUAUGUGCCUUGUACACUAAAAAAUUUCAUAAAUACUUAUCAUAUUAUGAAUUAUUUAAAUUAUAAUAAAAUUAUUAUUAUUGGUUCUAUGUAUUAU